CGGAAAAACUAAAAAAGGAGUUGUUUGCUCAUAAUUUCGUGGUCCAAUUUAAAGGAACAAACAAAUGAACUUACGAUACCUGGACCGUACACGGUCCGUAGCUUGGAUUCCCACUCCAGUCCAGUUGGGGGCGGUAAUGCACAUUAAAACUUGAUAGGAAACCGCAAUUGAAAAUCCUCAGAAGUAGAGGACCAAUUCGAGAAGAAGUAGCGCGACCACGUCUUGGAGCUAUUGGUUUAGUUUUACAGACAUCAGGAAGUGUUCUUGAAAUACGAACAUAAAUCCAUCUCAAUAAAAUGCAGAGGGAGGAGAAACCCAGCCUGCUGCUCCCCUUCCACACUGAGCUCAAACAAGAGAGACUGGAUUCUGAUUAUGAAAGUGGAUCUCAGGGGGCAUUGGUGGAUUCAGAGAUGACAUCAGUGAAGCUGGAAGACGAAAAUCAAAUGCUCAGAAUGAAUGUUACCAUUAAAGAUGAAGAGGAGGAGAAGAAUGUGGUUAUCAUUAAAAAUGGAGAAGGGGAUUUACUUAAUCAAGAUGGGAUUCCUGAAGUGAAGACACUUGGAGAAAAACAACAGGAAGACUACAAUGAUAGGAAGUCUCACCACUGUCCCCACUGUGAAAAUCAUUUCUCAUCUCUAUCACUAUUAAAUGUGCAUGUUAACAUACAUACUGGAGAGAAACCUUACUCCUGUUCUGACUGUGGGAAGUGUUUUAUUUCUUCAUCUGCACUUACUGGACAUCAGAGAGGUCACACAGGCGAGAAGCCUUACUCCUGUUCUGACUGUGGCAAGUGUUUCUCUCAGUUAGGUAACCUUAAAGCUCACCAGCGCAUACAUACUGGAGAGAAGCCUUGUUCGUGUUCAGACUGUGGAAAGUGUUUCAUUAGGUCAUCUGAGCUUAUUGUUCAUCAGAGAGUGCACACAGGUGAGAAGCCUUACUCCUGUUCUGACUGUGGGAAGUGUUUCUCUCAAAUAGGUAGCCUUAAAGCGCACCAGCGCUUACAUACUGGAGAGAAGCCGUGCUCAUGUUCAGACUGUGGAAAGAGUUUCAUUACAUCAUCUGAGCUUACUAUUCAUCAGAGAGUGCACACAGGUGAGAAGCCUUACUCCUGUCCUGACUGUGGGAAGAGUUUCUGUCAAUUAGGCAACUUAAGAGCUCACCAGCGCAUACAUACUGGAGAGAAACCUUACUCCUGUUCUGACUGUGGGAAGUGUUUCUGUCAAUUAGGCAACUUAAGAGCUCACCAGCGCAUACAUACUGGAGAGAAACCUUACUCCUGUUCUGACUGCGGAAAGUGUUUUAUUAGUUCAUAUGAACGUAAUAAACAUCAGAAAGUGCACACAGGUGAGAAACCUUACUCCUGUUCUGACUGUGGAAAGUGUUUCAUUAGUUCAUAUGAACUUACUAGGCAUCAGAGAGUUCACACAGGGGAGAAGCCUUACUCGUGUUCUCACUGUGGGAUGUGUUUUAUGAGGUUAUAUCAUCUUACUUAUCAUAAAAGACUGCACUCAGGUGACAAGCCUUACUCCUGUUCUGACUGUGGGAAGUGUUUUAUGACAUCAUCUGAAGUUACUAAUCAUCAGACAGUGCACACAGUUGUGAAACCUUUUUCCUGUUCUGCCUGUGGGAAGGGUUUCAUUAAAUCAUAUGAUCUUACUAAACAUCAGAAAGUGCACACAGGUGAGAAACCUUUCUCCUGUUCUGACUGUGGGAAGUGUUUCUCUCAAUUAGGUAACCUUAAAGUUCACUUGCGCAUACAUACGGGCGAGAAGCCUUACACCUGUUCUGACUGUGGGAAGUGUUUCUCUCAAUUAAGUAGCCUUAAAGUUCACCAGCACCUACAUACUGGGACGUUAACCUGUCAAGGAGCAGGGCCAAAAUCUUAAUUUCCACCUGAAAAUACAUGCCGAAGUUGAACAUUAGAACCGCCAAGCCUUUUAGACCAACAGUAUCAAACAGAG